AUGAGGUUCGAGGACAAUGGCUGUGUUCAGUUAGUAAUCCUACAAAGGGAGUUGCCGACAUACGAGUGUGCAUCCAUCCAAACGCAACCUCCUCACCUAAGCAGUGACUACGCACCCAAAAUAUGGAAGUCCACAUCUGUUGGCAAGCUAUUCGAGAUAGCGCAGUAUAUUUUCAUAAAGGAAACUACUCACAAGGUUGCUGAAAAAUCUUCGACAGCCCACGACCGGUUUCGCUCUUCUUGGCGCUCAUCAGGUCCGCGCAGUUUCCGAGUUUCCGUCAACCUGAAUCCAAAUUGGACUGUUUUCGAGAACCACACUCAUUUCAGUUUUCAACAACUUUUCAGUAGUUCUCAGCAUUCUUUCUUUGGAUCAAUAAACAGUCCUUACUCGGAUAGCCUGUCACUUUUUGCAGGAUGGCGUAGCUAUCUUGUGUUGAUGCUGUGCCUGCCAAAGCAGGGUAUCCAGCAUAAGCUGGACACGCUCACUCCGUAUGUCAGAUAUCCGGAGUUCGAACCUCGGCACGGUCGGGGACAUGCACUGCUGCUGUCACCAGAAGAAGGCACGAGGGCUGGGAUACUGCCAGGUUGCGCAAGCCUAGACAGGGGAAGUCGAGAGGCAGAGGUCGGGUUCAAACCACGGACCUUCCAGUCAAUAGACUCCCCCUCUUCCCUCUGUAACCAGUAUGGUCUCCUUGUUGCUGAAAAUUCUUCGACAGCCCACAACCUGUUUCGCCCUUCUUGGAACUUAUCAGUUAGACGCAGUCCCCGAGUUUUCGUUAACCUUAUGUUCUACUUGAAACCAAACUGUACGAAAUUAGUGAAAUGCAUUAACUUGCAAAUAGCACAUUGCGUUGGACAAGGCUUACACUGCAAAACCUGUGUGCGGAAUAAAACUUUCUACGUCAAAAUAUUGCAUUUUGUCGCGUAUGAGCACAAACCAAAAUCCAUUAUAAUCUCUGCUCGAAUCUUUGCAGCUCACCGAAUUACAUUGUCCGCUGAAGCAAACAUACCUCUGGCGGGAAAAUUCUGUUGGAAUACUUUCCUAACAUCACUGAUACCCCGAGAUGCCUAG